AUGUCGGCCGUCAACGCAAGAAUACAAGGUAUAGAAGACACGCUCAAGAAGCUCCUAGAUGUCGUGGAUAAGCAUGGGUCACCCGGCAGGCGCCGGUCCGCCAAAUCGCGCAAGCCAAGCCAAUCGCCUUGGAAGACGAUCCGGUCCAUCAUUGAUAAGUUGGCGCAAGACGUCCAGAGUGUUAAAGAAAUGGUUGAAGGCUCCGGUAACAACAUGGGGCACGACCGGAGCACGGAAGCUGAUGACGGAAACGCCACUCCGAAAAAUCGAUUACAGACCUUGGAUCAACCACCACAAAAGCGACAGCAAAUUGGCCGAAACUCUUCAGAUACCGCAGGAGACAUUCAGAACGACGCACCAAUUUCUGCAGAUUCCAGCACGAAUACAGACCGUCCGGCGACACCAACGCCGCUGCUCCGUAGGUUGGACAUAGACGAGAAUCGCGCUCCAUCAACUCCUAUUCCUAAUCAAUCUUGCACCGCACCAACCACUGUACCGACCAAAGUUCCUACUAGCGUCGAAAGCUCAGAAUUCAAAGAAAAUACUGCAGUGGGCGUGACUAUGCCACACCGCUCGAGCCACCCUAUCAUGUCGACAAUUUCUCAGUCCGACACUUCGACACAGAGCGUCUCUGAAAUUCCUCGAAAUCCCAACUUCACCAUCUCUUAUCGAGUGGAGCAGGGCGUCGUCGUUCUAGUGCCCGUGAACAUGGAGCAGUGUCGCAAUAUGCCGUUUCUUUUCUCUCAGGCCGAGGCACUUGGUGCCCGUGAAACAGGAGUGUUUAAGUACGUGCUCCCGAGCGACUUUGAACUCGGUGCCCAGGCCGUCCCUAGGAUUACAACGCAUAUGUCUAAGUUUGGGUCUCGCCUCGGACCGGACGACAUCUUUCAUAUUUCACGGACCGAAGAUCCGGAGACGCUUGAGAUCAGCGAGACUAGCUUCACACCCACAGAGCCAGACGAACUAUCAGAGAUGUUAGAGCGUCGUCUGGCCGAUCCUGAGGCGAUAAGCAAGAUGCGAUACUGUACCGAUCUUUCGGCGCAGACUGCCGAAGCUCGGCAACAAUUGGGCUUACCCGCAGAGUCCCCCAUCUGGCCUCUGAAAGGUAAUAUGUUGGAUCGCACCAAGUACCGUGUCCCGGGACUCCACUGGCCGUAUGGAUAUGUGUCGGGCGAUGACGGAUCGCUAUUUGUCAUACACCGUGAGGAUGGCAAGCUGCCGUCGCUGAAUGUCCUACACUAUGGCAGAGAAAAACUCUGGUAUGUGGUGGCUCGGAAAGACGGCGACCUCGUCGAAAACGAAGUGAAACGCGGGAAAUGUGAGCAGAAAGUACGACACGCUUCGCGCUGGAUUCCGCGGUCAAAGCUCAGAGCCAUGGGUGCUUCCUUUGUCACAUUCGUCCAACGUGCCCGCGAGGUGGUCGUGGUGUGGGGCGAUAGCUACCAUCAAGGUGGUACCGUUGGCCCCACCGUUGCCGAAGCCGUGAACUAUGGCGGCCCUGGUUGGAGCAUCGAAGGGUACUCUGAAUGCAGCCCUAAUUGCGAUGGAUAUCCUAUCCCAAAUGCGUUCUUGGAGUUCCGUGCCCCGAAUGAACCACAGCGCGAGCAAGGCGACGAAGUUUCACAGACAGUUCACGCCUCGGUCCAGCCUCAAGGAAGCGAGCGGCUAGCUAGAAACCGUCUACCAGAGCCGACUCGGGACGGUCAAGCAACAGAGAGCGAACUUAGGAUGAAUAAGCAGGAGGCUAGAUCCCAAAAGAGGCGCAGAGACGCGCCGAUCCCGCAGCACUCCCGCAAAAAGACCACGAUUCAGACCAUGCACAGUUCAGCCGAUACGGCAAUGACUGAAACUGAGAUCCGCAACGAUCUAGUCUCACGGAUGGUGACGGCUAUUCGGAGUAGAGACGCAAUCCAGCAGUUCUUUGAUAUUGUCCACGGUCGUCGGGAGCCCGAACCCACAGCGAUGCGAAUAAAUUUCACCCCAAAUGCGGCUGAAAGACAACUUCGGGUCCAAGAUCCGGCCCAAAUGCUCGAGAACGAUGUGAAGUUCCUCACAAAGGACGAAAACAUAUAUAAUCCCGAUGCGUACCCAGAUUGGCCCAGACCGGAAGAAUGGCCCAAUGAUUCACCGUGGCCGGUUGACCCAACAUCCCUGCCUGCUUCUGGUGGCAUUCAGUGCAAGUUGUGUCAUCAGAGCAAUUGCCCCUGUUACCUAUGCCAUGAGAAAAAUUGCCAUUGCGCCGCCAUUCGUCACGACAUACAGCCUCGCAUCCGAGAUUAUGAAGACAAGUAUGGGGCCAAAAACCGAGGUCUCCAAGCCGUCGCGAAGGAAGCGGGCCAAAUCGCGUAUUCGAAGGGCACCAUUAUCGCCUUCCUUACGGGGACAUUAGCGCCUCCCAAUACGUACGACAAUGGUCAAUGUAUACAGGUGGACCGGAGCGAUAUCCUUGGCGAGCCCACAGUCGCCCAGAUUAACUGUGCUGAGUCCGGCAAUAUCUCUCGACUGUUCAAUCACAGUUGUGACCCAUUGGCCCGCUUCAAGGGCAUGAGGGUAUCAGGGAAGUUUAGGAUCGCAAUCGUUGCUGAAGAAAAUAUUUAUGAUGGGGAAGAAAUCACUGUCCACUACGGACAACAGUAUUGGAGAAGGGAAAAAUGUCGAUGUCCUGCAUGUCGAUUAGGUCGGCGACUCUAG